AUGGUGAGCCGAAUGGGGUGGGGGGGGAAAAGGGGGCGGCUGGGGCGGUGGGGAGACCUGGGGCCCGGAUCAGUGCCCCUUCUUCCCACGCCCUCACCUCUUCCUCCUCCUUCUCCAUGCUGGGGUCCUGGGGGAGGGAGGAUCUCCAUCUUCUCUCUUUCCCCUACUCCUCACACGAGAAGCUCCCCCUCAUUUCUACCACCGGCCUUGCCUAGCCCCUGCCCUGUGAUGCACGUGUCAGGGGCUCCUCAGCCUUGCCACAGUGCCCUCUCCACCCCAACACGGGCACCGCCUGCGAUGACACCUACUUCUACUUCCCCCUCCUGGGGAUCCCACUCCAUCCCACCCCUGGCCUCGGUGACUCCCCCUCCCUCACGCCGAUGCUCCCAGGACCCUCCUGGGCUUCGGAUAGGCCCCCUGAUCCCAGAGCAGGAUUAUGAAAGGCUGGAGGACUGUGAUCCUGAUGGGUCCCAAGAUUCACCCCUUCAUGGAGAGGAGCAGCAACCCCUGCUUCAUGUGACUGAAGGGCUCCGGGGCUCUUGGCAUCACAUCCAGAACCUAGACAGUUUCUUCACCAAGAUCUACAACUACCAUCAGCGAAAUGGCUUUGCCUGUAUUCUGCUGGAGGACAUCUUCCAACUGGGACAAUUCAUAUUCAUUGUCACCUUCACAACCUUCCUCCUUCGCUGUGUGGAUUACAACGUUCUCUUCGCCAACCAACCAAAUAACCGUACUAGAUCUGGGCUGCUCCACAACAAAGUGACCUUGUCGGAUGCCGUCUUAUCUUCGGCCCAGUGUGCCAAGCAGAUCCGCUCGAGCCCCCUGCUGGUUUUCCUACUGGUUCUAGCUACUGGUUUCUGGCUGUUCCAGCUGCUUCGCUCAGUCUGCAACCUUUUCAGCUACUGGGAAAUCCAGGUGUUUUACAGAGAGGCCCUGCACAUCACCCCGGAGGAGCUCAGCUCCAUGUCCUGGGCAGAGGUGCAGUCUCGCCUUCUAGCAUUGCAGAAGAGUGGUGGGCUGUGUGUGCAGCCGCGGCCGCUGACCGAGCUGGAUGUUCACCACCGUAUCCUACGCUACACCAACUACAAGGUGGCCCUGGCCAACAAGGGCCUGCUGCCAGCCUGCUUCCCGCUGCCUUGCGGAGGGCGCGUGGCCUUUCUCAGCCGUGGCCUGGGGCUCAACGUCGACCUCCUUCUCUUCCGCGGUCCCUUCUCGCUCUUCCGCGGUGGAUGGGAGCUGCCGGAUGCCUACAAACGCAGCGAGCAGCGGGGUGCCCUGGCCGCAAGUCUGGGGCGCACUGCGUUGCUGCUGGCCGCCGCCAACCUGGUGCUGAGCCCGCUGGUGCUAGCCUGGCAGGUGCUGCACGCCUUCUACAGUCACACAGAGCUGCUGCGACGCCAGCCUGGUGCGCUCGGGGCCCGCAGUUGGUCACGCCUGGCACGCCUACAGCUGCGCCACUUCAAUGAACUGCCGCACGAGCUACGUGCACGCCUGGCCCGCGCCUACCGCCCAGCCACCGCUUUCUUGCGUGCCGCCGCGCCCCCUGCACCCAUGCUUGCGCUGCUGGCACGCCAGCUCGUUUUCUACGCGGGCGCACUCUUCGCCGCGCUGCUCUUGCUCACCCUCUACGACGAGGAUGUACUCGCCGUGCAGCACGUACUCACCGCCAUGACCGCGCUCGGUGUCGUAGCCACCGUGGCUAGGUCUUUCCUUCCUGAGGAGCAGUGUCAGAGCCGCUCUGCGCAGCUUGUCCUGCAGGCGGCUCUGGCCCACAUGCACUACCUCCCAGAGGAGCCCGGCCCCUCCGGCAAAGCCAGCGCUUACCAGCAGAUGGCGCAGCUCUUACAGUAUCGGGCGGUCUCCCUUCUGGAGGAGCUCCUUUCACCUCUCCUCACCCCACUUUUUCUGUUCUUCUGGCUUCGACCUCGGUCCCUGGAGAUUAUCGACUUUUUUCAUCACUUCACUGUGGAUGUGGCCGGGGUUGGGGACAUCUGUUCCUUUGCCCUUAUGGACGUGAAGCGCCACGGCCACCCUCAGUGGCUCUCAGCUGGACAGACAGAGGCCUCACUGGCUCAACGUGCAGAGGAUGGAAAGACCGAGCUGUCCUUAAUGAGAUUCUCUCUGGUGCACCCACAAUGGCGCCCCCCAGGGCACAGCUCUAAGUUCCUUGGACAUCUUUGGGGACGAGUUCAACAAGAUGCAGCCAGUUGGGGUGCCACCUCGGUCCGCAGCCCCCCUACUCCUGGCCUGCUCAGUGACUCCACUUCCUCUCUGCCGGAGACCUUCCUGGCUAACCUCUUGGUGCACCCCAUCCUGCCCUCGAGGGAUCUGAGCCCCACAGCCCCCUGCCCAGCAGGAGCCACAGCCAGCGUCCUGGCCUCCAUAUCCCGGAUUGCCCAGGAUCCCAGCUGCGUGUCUCCAGGGGGCACUGGGGGUCAGAAACUGGCCCAGCUCCCAGAGCUUGCUUCUGCUGAGAUGAGUCUCCAUGCCAUCUACCUACACCAGCUUCAUCAUCAGCAGCAGCAGGAACUGUGGGGAGAGGCUUCGGCCUCUUCAUUGUCGAGGCCCUGGUCUAGCCCUUCACAUCCGCUCUCACCUGAUGAAGAGAAGCCAUCCUGGUCAAGUGAUGGCUCCAGCCCUGCCUCGAGCCCCAGACAGCAGUGGAGAAGGCAGAGAGCCAGAAACCUGUGCCCUGAAGGGUUUCAGGAGACCACAGAGACCCAGCAGGAACCUGGUCAGACCCCCAAUACCGACUGA